CUGGAACGCAUAAAAAAUGAAUAUGCACAGGGUAUACGCUAUCGCUAUCGCUGUUGCUCUAUGCUGUCAAUCAGUUGACGGGCAGACCCAUCACACCAAAGUAGACAAUCUCGCUAAAAACUUUCCACCGACUGCAUACCCUGGUAUCAAUCUUGGAUCAUUUCCUAUUUAUGAUCCAUCAAGAGGAGAUACUCACUAUAGUUCGACCGUUCAAAAUAUCGACGGUAGUAAUACUGUGUAUGCCCUGAAGGACGGAAGGUAUUCUAAUGUCGAUAUUGUUGUGAGUAAUGGAGCCGUUCUCCGUGCCCGGAAUAUGGGCAAGGUAAUAUUCUCGGGCAACGUGAGAGUGACGGUGAAAAGCGGUGGUAUAUUGGACGGUAUCACAUUCACGGACGCCUACCCAAUAGGCACAGGGAUGGUUGAAGUUAACCAUGGAAGAGUAACAAGAUGUUCAUUUUUAAACUUGAGGAGUCCACCAACCGAGACUGAAAGUAAACGAUGCGUCUACGGUAGAGGAGGAGCACAGCUUAUCGAUCAUAAUCUGUUCCAAAACCUUUGUCUGUCAUCGUUGACAGUAAUCGUUCAUGCUGAUGGGCCUAGUUUGACGUAUCGAAACAGAUUCGUCACCCAGUGUCAAGAUUUCACCGCGGAAGUUUGGCGCGUGGGCGGAAGUUCUUCAUCUAACAAAAAUGCGCACGCAUUCGUCGACGAAAAUUACUUUAUAGAUCAGAAUGGCGAGCACGAAUUGUUGAGCAUCAAAGCCAGCAGUGUUCAUGUCAGGGGCAACACCGUUCUCAGCUCCCAAGGAGCGAUCACGAAUCGAUAUGGAAGUGACAAUGAGAUCGCCAGAAACUACAUCGAAUGUAGAAGCAGUAGCAGUGGUGCUAUCCGCUCUUUCGGGAGGAACCAAGUGAUUUCUAACAACUACAUGACUGGCUGUCGCAAUGGCUAUGGUAUUGCAUUGGGGCUGGGAUAUAACUGUUAUGGCUACCAAGGCAACUGCGAGUACGAAGCCGGUCUGGGUUAUGGAUUGGACAACAAUGUACUCGAAGAUGGGAGCGCUCUCGUCGUAGGAGAUAAUGGGAAGGGCAACAUCUGCCCCACCUACACCGAAGUGAGGAACAACCGAUGGUAUUCCACUGCACCGAGAACUAACAACGGGUGCAGCUUGCCCCCUUCCAAUCUCAUGGAUCCCCCACAGUACAGAGCGAUACGCCCAAGUCCUUUGACACCAGCCGAUACAGGGCCGUUCGUGCGACAGUCACAGUACUUCGACGCCUGCAGUUCAGUGCCUUGUGGCCGUGGUGGUUCAUGCAGGAACGACAACGGUGGAACCACGUAUACCUGUACGUGCUUUCUUGGGUAUGGAAAAUCAGGCAACACCUGUGUGGAUAUCGACCAGUGUAAGGUGAACCCGUGUGGCGAGGGACGGGGUGUGUGCACAGACGCAGAAGGAGAGUACAGCUGCGCGUGUUUCUUGGGCUAUGAGCUGUCGCAGUCCCCCACCGGCCCAGUAUGUGAGCUGAUAGAUAACUGUAUAGGACACACGUGUGGCGAGGGCACAUGCGUGAAUGGGCUUGCUACAUACACGUGCGACUGUAAGGCUGGCUACAAGCAAUCUGACAGCGGGUUGGUGUGUGAGAAGAUUGACUACUGCGUGGGCAACACCUGCGGUAAUGGGGCGUGUGCAAGCGGAUCCUUGGGAUAUACAUGCAGCUGUAAUACCGGUUACGAGCUAUCGCUGGACGGAGCCUCGUGUGUGGACAUUGAUGAGUGUGCACGUGCACCCAACAUCUGUGGCACAGGCGCUGUAUGCAGCAACAUACCAGGGCAUUACACGUGUGCGUGUAUAGAUGGGUACCAACUGGCUCCCGACAUGAUCACGUGUGAGCGUACUGUUAGCGUGUGCGAUUCCCAACCGUGCCUAAACAACGGGGUGUGUGCCGAGGUUGGGACGGACGGCGGCUUCACAUGCGACUGCACAAACACGGGAUAUGAAGGCAGUCUGUGCGAUACGCCGGAGAAGAGGCCCUGUGAUGGUGAGCCGUGUUUCUUUGGCGGUUACUGUGUAGAGAGGAUCUCUGGGUACAGUUGCUACUGUGUACCAGGGCGUCUGGGAGAGAAUUGUGAGCUGGACUUUGAUGAGUGCGCCAGUAACCCGUGUGUGGCCGGGACUUGUUCGAAUAGGCACAACAAGUUUGUGUGCAUAUGCACAACGGGCUGGUGUGGUGAGACUUGUACCCAGAGGUGUCCGUAAGGAACCUUCACUGCGUGUAGGUAUGGACGGAACUGUGUCGAGCAACAACCCGGUUCUGGACUAAAACUAAAUAGAUCAUAUCAAAGCCUAAUCUUUCAUAAGGUGGCUGCUAACGCAACCAGCGUCAAUCGGGUGUGUUCCCUAUCGAGAGGUAUAGAACUCUGAUCCCCUAGUUUGACAUGAAUUAACAAGUAUCAAGAAUUAAUAAGUAAUAAUAAUCAGCAAUGUAUAAUCUAAUAAAAAAUACUAAAGAUA